AUGCGGGCAGGAAACCGGCUCGCGUCGACCAGCGUCGCCAGCACGCUCGGCCCUCGGACGACCUCGCGCGCGGACACUUGUCCCCUGGUCCCGCUGGCCGCACGCGCCGCGACGCCGGCGCGCGCCUCGCGCACGGCGCACCGCGCGCUCGCCGCUGGGCGCGGCUCCGUUGGCAGGAGCGCGGGUUCCGCGGCCGCGCGCCGCCUCAGCGGCGGAGUGGCGCCCGGCGUGGCUCGCACGCGGUCGUUCGAGGCGCCUCGCGCGAGUUCGCGCGCCGAGGGCCGCACGGAAGUCGCGCAGUCGCCGUCGUCUGCGGAGGGGGCCGCCCAGCGGCGCGCGAGCUCGUCCGAGGCCGGGCGGGGCGAGAAGCCGGCGCACUCGGAGGACAUCAUCUCGCUCGAGGCGACGCUGAACGACUCGGACCAGCUCCUCGCGAUGCACGAGGUCGCCACGGGGGCGGAUGGCAUGGCCAUGAGCGAGGAGAGCAUCGAGCUCGACGGCAAGCCCGGGCUCCAGCUCGACAACAUCGUGGAGCAGCCGAGCAUCGAGGCGGAGCUGGAGGCGCACGGCGACGGCGCCGGCGUGUACAUCCCGCACGAGGCGCUGCUCGCCUCGCCCGCGCCGUCGGCGCCCCAGCCGGAGCCCACGCUGCUCCCGGAGGGUCCGCGGUGUGCGUGGCCGCGCGAGGCGGCGACGACGGCGGGUGCGGCCGCGCCGGAGAAGCCGGAGGGCGCGGCGGACGUUGCCGGCGCGAGGUGCUCGUGGCCGCGCGAGAAGGAGACGGCCGAGGCGGUGGGGGCGGGCGGCGGCGCCCUCGGGCACCUCGUGAUGGCGUCGCUGCUGUUGCAGGGUGGGGCGCGGUCGGCCUGGCCGCGGGCGCGCUCCGCGGCGCCGGUCGCUGCGCAGGAGGAGACGGCGGCGGCGGCCGUCGGCGGGGCGCGGUGCGCCUGGCCGCGCGAGUCGGUCACAGUGGAGGGGGGUGCCAAGAGGGGUGUUUUGGAGGACGGCCCCCGGUGCGCCUGGCCGCGUGCGACCGCGACUGCGGGCGUGCCGAGCGUGAAGACGCCCGGCAGCGCGGACGUCGACGUCCAGGGGCCGCGCUGCGCGUGGCCGCGGCAGGCGACGGGAGCGGCCGCGGCGACGGAGCCUGCACCGCCCUCCGAGGGGCCGCGGUGCGCGUGGCCGCGCGCGACCGCCUCGUCGACGACGGCGCCGAAGGUCGCCGUCGAGCCCGCGGAAGGCGCGCGGUGCGCGUGGCCCCGCGAGGCGAAGGGCGCGUCCGUCGACGUUGCCAGCCAGCCCGCGCCCGCCGAGGGCCCGCGUUGCGCGUGGCCACGCGCGACGACGGCCGCUGCGCAGGGCGGCGGUGCGGAGGGACCGCGGUGCGCGUGGCCGCGCCAGGCGGCGGCGGCCGGUGCUUCGGUGCCUGGCCCGCAGGGCCCUUGCAGCCCCUGGCCGCGGUCGGAGGCGGUCGAGGACGAGGCGCUGGCAGCGGAGGACGAGACGGUGGCGGUCGGGCGCGCGCGCGACGUCUCGGUUGGCGCUGUCGCGCGGCAGUGGAAGCUGACGGGUGCUGCGCCUCCGCCGCCAGCGCCAACGACGACGUCUGCGCCCAGCACGGGCGCGCUGUCGGCGUGGCCGCGGUCCGGCGUGCUCGGCGCCAGCAAGGCGGCUGGGCGCGGGCCUCGGCGCGGGUGCGCGGUGCCGGUGGCGGCGGCGGAAGCCCCCGCAGGCCGCAUCGACCGGCAGCUGGCGCAGUACCUGUGCGAGGCGCGCGUGGUGGGCGUGGGCGCGCGAUCGGCGUGGCCGCGCGUGCGCAGGACCGCGCCGGCGAAGCAGGAGUGA